UCAGCCUGCAGCUGAUCCAGAACUAGAUCAACAUGAAGGCUCUCCUCACCCUGGGGCUCCUCCUGCUUUCUGUCCCUGUCCAGGCCAAGGUCUAUGAACGCUGUGAGUUUGCCAGAACUCUGAAAAACCAUGGAAUGGACGGCUACAGGGGAAUCACCCUGGCAAACUGGGUGUGUUUGGCUCAGCAUGGGAGUAGCUUUAACACACAGACUACAAACUACAACCAUGGGGACCAAAGCACCGACUAUGGGAUAUUUCAGAUCAAUAGCCGAUACUGGUGUAAUGAUGACAAAACCCCAAGAGCUGUGAAUGCCUGUGGGAUCCCCUGCAGUGGAGCAUGCCUUGUGGCACCAGGAUCCAGGAGAAAGCAAUGGAUCCCCUAGAACUGGAG